GCAGCAACAGUGCCGGGCUCAAGGCAGAGACACAGGCGGCUCGGCUGCGCGGCUGGGGCUGCUCCCGUCCCUCCAGCUGCGGCGCGGCACCUUCCUGGCAGCGCAGGAGGCUGCGGACAUGAUCCUGGCGGUGCUGCUGCUCUGUGGCCUCGGCCAGCUGGGCAUGGCUGCCCCCGGCUCACAAGGCGUGAAGUGCGUGGUCUUCAACGAUGAGUACAUGACCUGCAUGUGGGGCAACCAGGAGGACCAGCCGGUUGCCAACUACUCACUCUACUACUGGUACCAGCAUCAGCCGGUAGCAACCGAGUGCCAGCGUUACCUGCAGCACAACGGCGUCAACACGGGCUGCUGGUUCAACCGCAGCGAGAUCACGCCGUUCCAGACCUUCCGGGUCCACAUCAACGCAAGCCUCGGCAGCAAGACCCAAGUCAUCCCCACCUACGCCAUGAAGCUCCAGGACCUUGUGAAGCCCGACCCGCCGGUGAACCUCACGCUCCAGAACAUGAGCAACCAUCAGCUGCAGGUGAGCUGGCAGACGCCAUACCCCAACCCACGCUGCGUGGAGCAUGCCGUGCGCUACAAGAGCAACAAGGACACGGACUGGAUGGUGCACGGGGUGAGCGGCGAGCUGUUCUCCUUCCCCAGCAUUGACGAGGAGAAGAAGUACACCUUCCAGGUGCGCAGCAAGAUCAACCAGUACUGCGGCUCCACGCAGCUCUGGAGCGAGUGGAGCGUCCCCGUGUACUGGGGCAACGCAAUGGCCCACGGCUCCACCGGGGAGCGGUACUGGGUGCGGACAGUCCUGAUCCCAGUGGUCUCUGGCGUGGUGCUGCUGAUGCUCGUCGUGAUGCUAGUCCGCAUGGAGAGAGUGUGGAUCGUCUUCAUGCCCCAGGUGCCCAACCCCAGCAAGACCUUCGACGAGCUCUUCAACACCCACAAGGGCAACUUCCAGGAGUGGGCCGGUGUCCCCAAGGACGUGGUCGAGAGCUUCACACCCAACUACAGCGAGAGCAUCUGCCACGUCAGCGAGCUGGUCCCCAAGGAGGGCCAGGAGCCCGCUGCCGACAGAUCGGGGCCCCUUCCUUUAAAGAAGGACUUUGGGGGCCUGUGAAGGCACCAGCAGGCUGCCCCCAACCCCUGCCCAGCUCCCAGCACCCCCCACGUCCUGCCCCAAGCCAGUGCCCAACGCCUU